UUCUCAGCAGUGGGGCUCCAAAAUGGACAAAAGUUAUAAUUACUUGUUGGCUCUUGGUGGAAAGAAAAGUUAAUCACUGCUUUAAAAACAUGUGACUGCAAGCCGCAGUCUCACCCUGAGCCGUUGUAUUUAAAGACACAGCGUUGUGAUAUUUAUAGAAAAGAGCACAAGGCAAUAUUUACAGCUGCCAUCAUGUGUCCACCACGUAAACAAAUUCAAGAGCUGGAGUCAGCUGGGGUCCUUUCGCGGGAGACCGGAGACGAAAAACACUUUAAAGUUAGGUUCGGAUUAAGGAUCAAGACUUCAAAAAUUCUGUUUAAACAUAAUAAUGGGCCUUGGCAAUACUGGAUAUCUCUCCAUGUCCAGUGACCAGAGUGAAUCAGUGGGCCAGAUGACCUGAAACGGCCCAGUCACUGGCUCUCAAUGCCACUGCAAUGGCGGGGCUUCCUCAGGUCAAGCGAAAUAUCACAUAGCGCCGCCCUAAAAUAGCCCCAUCUGCACAAACAACCACCACAAGCCUUUAUUUACUCGGGGAUAGAGCAGCCCGCUAAACAGUGACAUCCAGUGAGCGCCAGCAUGGCUUACGUCUCGCCGCCGCUGAAGUGGCACAAGCCGAAGAAGUACCGCAGCGACGUGAUCGCCACAGCCAGGGCUUCGGGUUGCGUGCUGCAGUUCUGGAACUCUCUGAUCGUUGGCGAUGAGCUGACGGCCCUCAGCAUCGUGGACGACGAGGACUACGAGUACCUCGUCGACGCCAUUUAUGACACCAGCAACAUCGAGGAGUGGAAGAACUUCAGAUUUAACUACAGGGGCCUGAGACUUUGGUCGCUGAGCUAUGAGCAGGAGCUGACCACGCCGCUCCACAUCACGGCCGGCCGAGGCUUCACCGACUGCCUGAGAAUCCUGCUGCAGCGCGGGGCCGACGUGGACCUGGCCCCCGGGGGCACCACGGCCCUGCACGAGUCCUGCGAAAACUGCCAGCCCGAGUGCACCAAACUGCUGCUGAUCCACGGCGCCAACGCCAACGCGGUCACGGAAGACGGCCUGAUGCCGCUGCACUUCUGCACGAGCCCCGAAUCCCUCGAGUGUGCCAAGAACCUCCUUCAGUACGGGGCGGCGAUCAACGGGCGCACUCAGGACGAGAACGACACUCCCUUGCACGUGGCGGCCAGCAACGGCCUCCCGGCCCACACGCAGCUCUACCUGCGCUACGGGGCGGCGGUGGACAAGCGGAACAACGAGGGCCUCACGCCCCUCAUCGCCGCCUGCUCGCAACCGCAGGAGGCGCGGGAGCUCGGGCGCUUCUUCGAGGUGUGCCAGGUGCUGCUGGAGGCCGGCGCCGACGUGCACACCGUGGACCAGGACAAGCACACGCCGUUGCACAUGGCCUGCAAGAACGCCAACCCGGACGUGGUGGACCUGCUGCUGGCCAACGGGGCGUGCGUCAACGACAUGGAGUACGGCGGCGAGGCGCCCAUGCACAACAUCCUGAAGGUGGUGUGCUACAAGCUCUCCCAUCAGCCCGAGAGGAUCGUACGCGCUCUGCUCAACCACGGGUCCAUCCGGGUGUGGCCCGGAGCUCUGCCCGUGGUUCUGAAGUACUGCUGCGGAUCUCCACGCACCGUCGAGGUCCUGCUCAACGCCUACAGCCACCUCAAAGUCACCGACGCCUGGGUUGAGUCCGUGUCAUCGGAGGCGUUGAAGGAGCACAAAGGGUUCUACGAGUCGGUCUUCUCGUUGGCCCGGACCCCGCGCUCCUUGCAGCACUUGGCACGCUUCCGGAUCAGGAUCUUCCUGGAGGACCGGGUGCACAAGGUGGUGCCGGAACUGGAUCUGCCCACCGCCAUCAAGAACUACCUGCUCCUGGAGUACAGAGACUAUGUCCACUGAAUGUGCUGGUUAUUCCACAUGUGAGGAUAAUAACACACUUAAUAGGUUUAAAUACAUGUUGGGCCGCGCUUUACCUUUUUUUGUUGUUAUUUGUAUUCCAGUUAGAGCUACACAUUUGGUGGCGCACCACAAGAGGGAGCUAGAGACUAGAGUUGUUCAAAUACAUGGUCAGUGUACAAUAUGUUUUAUAUCUUAAUAAAAGAACACUUUACUAAUGUGAUGGCUUGAUAAUGGGCAUAGUGAUGAUGUUUUGAACAUUGAGGAUUGACCUUAAAUACUCAUGGAAAUAAUUUUUCCCAACGGUAUUAAUGUACUUAAGGAUUUUCUAGAAAAAUGUGGCUCAAUGUAAAAUAAAAUAUUCCACCAUGUCCGUGUAAUCUAGUCGUAGUUCUUUGACUAUUUCCUGUUGUCCCAUAUUUUUCUCUCUUGCUUUCUAUACUAUACUCAUAUAAAUGAAAAGAAGUUUGCAUUUUUAAAACCAGAUCGAUUGUUAUCAAACUACACUUUAAAUUAACACGAUAAAAACUGUCUGAAAUUGUGUGGCGUUACGGUUGUAAUUCA